ACGAAGAGGGAAUUUUGCAAUUUCGGAUAAGAAAACGUCGAAAUCUCUCACAUUUCUGCAAUAAUGGAGCUCUAUGAAGCAAGGGAUCAUUAUAUCAUUCAAGAUGGCAAUAAUUCACUUUGGUGUAACCGUUUUGACGGAGGCAUGUUUGCUGGGACGGCCAUGGAUCUGUGUUCUGCCUGGAACCCAGUAUGUCUUGGGCGGAUUUAUGGUGUCAUAGGAAAAUUUAGGAUUCUGCCUGAUGAUGAUUGGCGCCUUAUCCUAAUCCGGAACCAAAGUCACAUCGGCACUCUUCCAUGCGGCCAUCCCGUUUACAAAGUCACCCGAGUCGUCCUGCUGCCGCUCUCCAUCAAUGAAUGUACAGACUUGGAUAUAGAGUUGUGCAAAAAGCAUCACUUUGGCAUGCGAAAGACAGACAAGAUUAAUUCCUCUGAUGCACAGCAGAAGGCGCUGCAGAAAACCUGGAACCAAAUCAAGUCAGCCGCUGAGAAUGUCAAGCCAAAAAAGAAAGAGAUGCGAGAAAAGGAGAAGUUUGAGAAGCGAGUCCUUGAGGAGAUCUACAAAAUGUUUCACGACCUUGAUUCGUAUUACUACAGCAGGACAGGGGAUCUCACAAAUACCACCCAGCGGCAGCAUAGUCCUCAGUACGACGCCAGCCUGCCGCUGUGGAAGAGGGCCGACAAACGCUUCUUCUGGAACCAGCACAUGCUGCAAGAUCUUAUCACCAAAGAGGACCCCCUUGCUGACCACUGGAUAAUUCCUGUCAUCCAAGGCUAUGUUCAGAUGGAACAGUCAAAGCUCCAUUUCGACUUGAAAGGCUCCUUCCUGAAGCCCAAAGUUGUUUCAAAGGACCCUGUGGAAUUCACUCUUGGAUUAAUUUCCAGGCGAUCUUGGCAUAGGGCAGGCACGAGGAGCAGGCGUCGCGGUGUAGACAGCGGCGGCCAUUGUGCCAAUUAUGUCGAGACGGAGCAGAUUAUUGCGACACAUGACAAUAAACAACCGCACACGGUGGCGUUUGUUCAAGUUCGUGGAUCGGUGCCGGUGUUUUGGAGCCAAUCGGGUAUCAAAUAUCGCCCUCCUCCUAGGCUUGAUAAAGGUGAAAAAGAAACUCAGGAGGCAUUUGAAAAGCAUUUCACCGAAGAGUUGUCCAUCUACAAGAAGGUCCACAUUAUCAGCUUGGUUGAACUCGUCGGCCGAGAGAAGAUUAUCAGCGAUGCAUUCUUUAACCAUGUACUUGAGUACAACUCGCCAGAUCUGUCAUAUAUCACCUUUGACUUCCAUGAAUACUGCCGAGGGAUGAGGUUUGAGAACGUCUCAUUGCUCCUGGAAGGAAUCCGCGACAUUAUCAAGGACAUGAGAUACUGUUGGGUGGACAGGAAAGGUAUGAUCUGUGACCAGCAGGGUAUCUUCAGGAUAAACUGCGUCGAUUGUCUAGACCGGACGAAUGUCGUCCAAACCGCCAUUGCUAGAGUUGUCAUGGAGACACAGUGCCGCAAACUUGGUCUCCUCCCACCAGAUGAGAACUUGCCACGUAGUUGCCGCAUGACCUUCCAACAAAUGUGGGCAAAUAACGGGGACGCAAUAAGUCGACAGUAUGCUGGGACAGUUGCUUUAAAGGGUGACUACACCAGAACUGGGGAACGCAGACUUGCUGGUUUGAUGAAAGACGGUGCCAACUCCGUCAACAGGUACUAUCUGCGCUUCAAGGACGUGUAUCGCCAAGCUUCCAUCGAUAUUACUCUAGGAAAUCCAGUGGUUGAAGAGCUGAACUUCCUCAAAGCUCAGAAGCCACAGGAUGAGGUUGAUGGAGAGGAGGAUUCUCUCUGGAUGCAGGAGCAGGAGGAAAACAUGAAACAGCUGAUAACAGACUGCAAGAAGAUGCUGAUUGUGGAGCCGGAGACUUGUCUGGGAGGAUGGGGUGUCAUAGACUGUGAUAUUAGCUAUCAAAGCCUCAAAAGCCCCGGUGACCCUACUCAAGAGAUGGACACUAUAAUCUUACUCAGCCAGAGAGCAUAUUACAUAGUCAGCUUUGACGAAGAGAUGGAGAAGAUUUCCCAAUGCCACAAAGUUGGCUUGGAAAACUUGGAAAAGAUCGAGAUUGGCCCGGAACCCGCUGUCUUCAAAUCGAAAUAUUCGUGCAUCCGUAUCUUCUAUGGUUUCAAGGGACAGACGGGAUUCUUCCACACAUUCCGGGCAACAAAUACUCGACUCUUCAACAACAUCGUGAUCAUGAUUAAGAAUCAGGAGGAGGCUAAAGAAUCAUUGAGAGCCAUUGCAGAAUCCAUCAAUGCUGCAAGCAAACUGCACUACGACGAGGUUCCCAUCUGUGAAACUAAACUAGAAAGAAAAAAGUCGCGCCCACACCCUCACUGCAUGAACAUCAUGAGCCAGCUUGCAAAUUUGGACUGGUGCGAGUGUAAACUGAGCAUAUCGCGAGAAUCUUCAACAGGGGACGUACGCGCUGCCGCGGCCUCCAAUCAGCCAUCAACAACAAUGGCAAGUGUUCAGCGCACCUUGAACAUCAUCAAUCCAAUUCGGAGAAUGCGGAUGAUUGGGAGGCCGACGUCUGCUGACAAGAAGCGGGAGGCGGUCGUGCCGGAGUCUGGCAAGGAUGCCCCAGAUGCAAUGGACCAUAGUCCGUCGGAGUACACACCGUCGGAUAAUCAAAGCGAGGCUUCGGACUUGUAUCUAGAUUUGACGGAUGAUGAAAUACUGGCGGUGAGUUCUGUGGCAUUUCAGGACUUUCCCGAGGACGAUUUAGGAAUUCAUGGUUACAGGGAUGGGAAAGAUGACGAGGACGAGGUUGUCUUGCAUAGCUGCGGAAUAAUUGCUGCUCCCCAUGGCAGUCAAUUGACCAGCGGUUAUUUGAAUCGUUCAUUAGACAAGGACGAAGAUGCACACAAUGUGGUAGAGGGCGAGUUGCAGUUCGUCGAGGAUCAUUUUAGCAAUCAACCAGUCUCAAGGAAACGAGUGGACAAGAAGUCAAAAUUGACUGAGCAUUACAAACGUCAUUCUGUCGAGAUGAUGCGCUUUGCUGAACGUCUUGGGAAGGAGAUGUCACUCGAUUUUAAGACGGACAUCGAUAGCCCAGAUACGAUUGCAAAAAUUUCAGAAGAGACGCAUAUUGUGUCUGACAGUGGUGAUGCUAAGAACACAGCUAACAUCGGAGGUGAUGCUAACAUCUGUGGUGAAAUGCUAGGUGUGCCAAAUACAAAGGAAAAGCGACCAUCACAGACUUUUGAGGUCGUCGACGAUGAAAGCGGGUUUUAUGUUCUUCCUGACCAACCAGAAUUCCUCAAAGAUACAACUUUGGUGCCGCCCCAGUCAGAUAAGGGUGGUCCUGAUGGGAUUGCUGUGAGCUUGUCGACGGGAGUAUUAAAAUCUGAUAAGGCUACAAUUGUGGCCGGUGAGGCUGAUGACGAGUUUAUCAAAGAGCCAGUGUUGCCAGAAUCGUGCGAAAAACGACUCGUUAAAUUAGGACACUCGAAUAUGAAGACAUCAUUCAGUGACGGGUCCAUAUCAUAUCACACAGAAUCUGAGGAGAUCAGCCUCAACCCAGCGAAGCAAGAAUUCUCCUUAGGUAAGCUGCGGGUUCAAAUGCCGAAAAUCUCCUUGCCCAACUUCCAGGGACAACGGGCACAGCGCCAACAACGUGUUGACGAUGACAUUGAAGAAAUCAAGAGGUUGAAAAUGGGGCAGCGUCCGUGUCAAACUCGCAUAAUGAAUAUCAAUGAGGAAUACGUGGCCAAUCUUGCCCAUGAUGUGAACGAUAUCAGUUUCAUGUAAAGUGUGGUCUCUUUCUUGUUUGAAUCUCUAAAUUCAUAUUCCGGUACUGGUACUUUGAAGUCAGGAUUGUUUGAUCUUGGAUUAUCACCAAAAGGUUAAUAGUUUUUGGUUAGAAGAACUUCAAAAUGUUUUCAUGGGCUUUAUACCUAACCGGUUGAAGAUAAGAGACCUUGGGUAUAAAGAUUUUCUUUGAACGUGGUACAAUAUUGUACUUGUUGAGGUAUCAAGAACAUUGUUCCUUUGAUUGCGCCCAUUUAUAAAGGCAAGUAAGACCUGCAAUUUUGCUGUUAUAUCGGUUAUGAUCUACCUACCCUAAGGGGAAGUGCCGACUCAGUGGUUAACCUGACUGAUCUGAGCUUCACUCUGAGUGGGAUCUUUGGACUAUCAUGACUGUGGCAAUUUUGAUUAAACCUUUAAUCCACUUGUGUGAAGAGGGUAUCUUGCCUUGAACAUUUUUAAACCUGGCUGAUCUGAGCUUCACUCUGAAAGGCAUUGUUAUACUGUUAUGACUCCGCAGUGAUUUCGAUUCAAGAUAUGCUAAAUGUAUCUGGGAUUGAACAUUUAUCGGAUGUGUUUUUCAAUUAAAUCAAUAUUUCAACUUCACACAUUUCUUUUAUAUACUUUGAUGGCAUUUAUAAUGUUCAUAUGUGACCCGUUCCAGCAAAACCAAUCGCAUGUCGCUCUGAGCUUGGCAGGUUGAGACAGACUGUUGGUUCAUGUCACUGUUGUCUGCCUUUUGUGAAAUCUGAGGAUAUCAAUUUCUUUUAUUAUCUCCUGGUGUCAUCUAGGCUCAUCUUAUGUGCGACAUGCGACUGGUUUUGCUAGAAGGGGUCUCAUAUGGUCAAAUUUAAACUUAUAAGAAAUGAACUCAUUGAAAUCCACUCAUUGUAAGAAAACUGUGUUUGUCAGUUGCAGAAGAUGAUUGCUUUUGUGAAGUAGUCAGUGGUCAAAAGUAAGUGUUUGUUCAUAAGAGUACAUGUACAGAGAAAUAGAAUUUGUGUCAUUUCGCUGAAGUAAUUGUCCCCUGCUUUGUACACUUGUCAAGAUUGACCAGUGUUAUCCAUGCAGUCUCUUUUUCAUCUUCAUGCGUUAGAAUUAGUGUCCAUGCCACAUAGUCUCCAAUGUUUUGUUUUCAAUCCAACAUGUCUAACUCAAUUCGUUGUGUUUUGCCUCAAGCCUGCCAAAUAUACAAUUGUUUUCUUUUUUCUGGGUUUUUAUGCCCAGCUUAUAAUGCUGAAAUCACUUUAACGUGCAAAGAUUCUGAGCCUGCUUCUGAGAAUACUUGUCUUACAUGUUUCACUUGUAAUUAAAAGUGCUGCACCAUCACUUAUGUUUGCACUGUUUCUGAAGAUUCCAUGGAACGCAACUCUUAUACCCUUGUUAUAUGUCCAAUGGCAAAACUACUGAAUGAAAUCCAUGCAGCUGUCAGUGGUUCUACAUAAAUGCUGAAUCUCCCAGCUUCAUUAGCUGUGGAUCUUGCCAUACUGAGUGAUGUAAUGUCUCUAUUCAGAUGUUUACGUCGGUCAUUUCAUUUUAGGUAUUGAUGACUUACAGAAAUGGUAGGGGCCUACAUAGCCUCAUGGUUGAAGGACUUGAUACCACACUGGAGUUAUUGAUUGUUUUACUGAGCCUUAUGAAGGUGGAGCUAAAGUAGCCUACAGUGGAACCUCCCUUAGCGGACACCUCUCUAUUAAGGACAACCUCUCUAUUAAGGACACUAGUUUUGGUCCCAAAUUGCUUGUUUCCAUUCAAUUUGACCUCUAAUCAGGACACCUCUCUAUUAAGGACAGCAUUUGUCAGUCCCGAGGGUAUACUUAACAGAGAGGUUCUACUGUAUGUGAAUUGCAGGCGAAACCCAAGGUGCUUUGGCAUAUCACCUCCACCAGAGGGGUUUGGUGAGACAGCCAAAAGCGACCUUGAGGUAUCAGUUCAUAUUCUAAAACACUUCAGACUAUAACAUUGAAAUGUUAUGUUAUUUGCUUUUAAAGGUAUUUGAAGAAGAUUAUCAGUUCAUACAAACCCAAGCAGUUUGUUGUGACCAAAAACCAUUGGGGCCGAAAAGAGGCCCGAUGCAUUUUCACAUUGUAAAACAAGUGUUUUAGAAUUCAUACCUGAAAAUCUUGAGGACUAAGAUUCGAUCAGAUUAGUUGUCAAUGUCAUAUCAACCUUGUUAUUUCUUGCAUGUAAUUUAUUGUAAUUGGUAAUUGAUCGAGUGUAAAUAAUUAUGAAUAAUGAGUAUUGUGAUCUAGAUUGACAAAUUGUGAUAUUGUGAUGUUUGUACCAGUCAUCUGCCGAUUGCGAGGGAUCCAGUUGAUAAACAUCUCUGACACUGCAAUUGCACCAACUUCCAAGUCUCUCUAGACUAUUAUAAUGUCAGUUCCUAAUAUUUCAUGGCCUGUCAAUGGAAAAAGCAAACAAGACUUAAAUAAUGCUCUCCUCCAGAAUUGACAUUCUUGCCCCGAGAAAAAUUAUGUCUUGAUUUGGAUUCAAACCACUGAUCUUUAGAUCAUGUAGAUUUAAAGGGAACUGGAACCGCCGAGCGAUUUAUUCAACUUUUCGACUUUCACCGCCCGAGAAAGUCAAACUUCCAACUUCCUAUUCGAGUUCAGAUUUGUAGCUCCGCCCCCAGUGCCCGAGCAUGCGCAGUUCAAUUUGUUAUUAUUGAGAAUCAUGUGAGAAUCACGUGAGUCAUGCGAUCUUUCAUUCAUGAGUUUUCGUAGUAAAUUCCAUAGUAGUGACGUCACUCAAUGAUUGACAGCUAGGCGCCAUGUUUCAUUCAUGCCUCGUUGUGAUCACCCGAUACACGGGAAAUGAAAACGAGGUCAUACGAACUGGCUUGGCAGUUUCAGUUCCCUUUAAUGCUGGACUGACGCUUUUGCUCCCCCACUGGACCCCUUCAGAUAGCAGCUGAAUUUAAACAAAUCAUAUUCAUCUUGUGAGUUUAGUGAAUGUUUAGCACUAUGACAUGUGUAAUUGUAUAUGUGUACAAAUUAUGUCUUUGAAUUUGUGACUUUGGAAAUUAGGGUGUUAUUUCAAUAAGGACAAAAUAGGAUGCAAGAUAAAGACGCUUAUGUUGGAUUUUAUGACGCUUUGAAAGUUCGAUAUCUCAAAAUCAUCAUGUUAAUUGCUGUAUAAAGCUUCAAAUAUUUGACACUUUUAUGCCUAUCAUACAUGUUUACCUUUAAAUUCAAUACAGUGGGGGUCCUCAUUGUUAUUACAGGGCUGGUGGUUCAACCAUCUCUCUGAUACUAUUGUCACUGACUUAGAUUUAUUCUUAUCAAUGAUAAUUACUUUUUGUCAGUGUUUUGAAGUCAUAUCAAAAUCAAUCAUUGUCUAAUUCAUCGAUGGAACUUUUGACUUUCUAUGACCAAGAACAUUAAGCUGGGCUUGUGAAGCAGCAUGCAUGCAGGGAGCAGUGGAUCCCUUUUUUGAGAAAUAAGCAAAUUUUGAGACAACGUUUUCAAUUGUUUGUGAGCUAUGCAAGACGAAAUGGCUUUAAGUGCUUUGAUUGUGGAGUUUGGCAGAGGGGGUAUUUUGUUGGUAGGGUUUAUUUUAGAAUUAUAUAUCAGUGAUUUCAUAUUGUAGCCAUGCAGCAUAAUAUGACAGUGUUUC